AUGUUUUGUUGGUCUCAUAAACUGCCUCAACAAUUUGCUGUAUUAGAAGCUGAUGUUAGUGAAGAAAAAAUUGUCGAAAUUGAUGAAAGUAAGCUUGGAAAAUGUAAGUAUAAUAAAGGUAAGAAAGUAAAAGGACAAUGGGUCUUUGGUGGAGUCAAAAGGGAAUCAGAUAAGAUGUUUUUAAUAUCAUACGGAACUAUUAAAGAAUUAUAUAAUACUUAUUUCUUGGAAUAUAUGUGGAGACGACAUUUUAUCAAAGAUAACUAUGAUGCAUUUAAUAAGCUCGUAGAGCAUAUUGUAUUAUAUAGUAAAAAUUUAGAAGAG